GGCGCGGCCCGGAACACGCUAGUGGAGCGGAAGAUGGCGGCGGCAGCGGUGGCUGCAGCCGGGACCCCACUCGGGCUGAGGCGGAGGUGCCAGCGGCUUUGACCUCGCUCUGGCUCCGGUGCGCGCGGCGGCGCGUGUGCGAGGCCCUGCGCGUCGGGCACGGGCGGCGGCAGCGAUUGCGCGCCGCCUUGAGGAGCGCCCCAGCGGCGGCGCUGCUGCGGCUGAGGAGAGAGCCGGCUCCGGGCCUCCGCGUCCUCCUGCUCCCCGUGCCCCCCGCCUCCUCGGGGGGGCGGCGGCGGCGAUGUUCUCUGUCCUCUCGUACGGGCGGCUGGUGGCCCGCGCCGUGCUCGGCGGCCUCUCGCAGACCGACCCCAGGGCCGGAGGCGGCGGCGGCGCCGGUGGCGGCGACUACGGGCUAGUGACGGCCGGUUGCGGCUUUGGCAAGGACUUCCGUAAGGGCCUCCUCAAGAAGGGUGCGUGCUACGGGGACGACGCGUGCUUCGUGGCCCGGCACCGUUCAGCGGACGUACUUGGGGUUGCAGAUGGUGUAGGAGGAUGGAGAGACUAUGGAGUUGAUCCGUCUCAGUUCUCAGGGACUUUAAUGAGGACAUGUGAACGGUUAGUAAAAGAAGGACGGUUUGUCCCAAGUAAUCCCAUUGGAAUCCUCACCACAAGCUACUGUGAGUUGCUGCAGAAUAAAGUACCUUUGCUUGGUAGCAGUACUGCCUGCAUCGUGGUGCUGGACAGAACUAGCCAUCGCUUACACACGGCAAACCUGGGCGAUUCAGGCUUUCUGGUCGUCAGGGGUGGUGAAGUUGUACACCGAUCAGAUGAGCAGCAGCAUUACUUCAACACUCCAUUCCAGCUCUCAAUCGCACCGCCGGAAGCCGAGGGAGUCGUCUUGAGUGACAGCCCGGAUGCUGCUGAUAGCACGUCUUUUGAUGUCCAGUUAGGAGACAUCAUCCUGACGGCGACAGACGGACUCUUUGACAACAUGCCUGACUAUAUGAUCCUGCAGGAGCUGAAAAAGCUAAAGAAUUCAAAUUAUGAGAGUAUACAACAAACAGCAAGAAGCAUUGCUGAGCAAGCUCAUGAGCUGGCCUAUGACCCAAAUUAUAUGUCACCUUUCGCACAGUUUGCAUGUGACAACGGACUGAAUGUGAGAGGUGGAAAGCCAGAUGACAUCACCGUCCUUCUUUCAAUAGUGGCUGAGUAUACAGACUGACUCACCUAGAUGUCAACCCCUGCCCUCCUUUCAUUACCCCAAGUUCUCCCCAGCCGCGUGUGCGGAUCCUGCUGGCAGGACCACGUUCCUUUGCCGCUGAUCUCAAUGGCCAGUGACGUAAGCCUCUGCCUGUCGUUUUGAGACCCGUUGAGAUCUUUAUUGAGAACCACUACUGUCAUUCACUAGCUCACAUCUGCCAGCAACUUGGAAGAGAAUCAAGAUUUGAAGAUUGACCUUCACAUCUCAUUGUCCUUCCCAUGAUGGGAUGGAGGUUUCCAAAGCCAAAAUGGCUAUUACUUUUCAAAAAUGCUUGAAGUAUUGAAGAAAAUGAGUAAUGUUGGUAAGGUGAAUUCAAAAUUAGAGCGUGUAAAAGGGAUUUUAAAAGUCUAACAAAUUCUAUGUUAUGGUACAUCUACUAGAAACACAUUAUUCAUCAAAAGAAAUGUUACACGUGUACUAUACAGUCUUUGUUAUGAUUGGGUGUGACUUUGUCUUUUCAUUAUAAACUCCUUUAUUUCAGGGGCUUAUAAUUCUGGUCUAAAAUAUUGCUCUGGAUUAUGAAAUCCUGAUCCCAGGAGUUGUUGUUUUUGUUUUUGUUUUGUUAGAAAUUGGAAGGAAAAUUCAGUUUAAUUCUAUGGAUGCAUAUGUUUCAUGGUUUUUAAAAGAUGCUUAAUUGUAAUCCUGUGAUCAACGUUUUGGCAGUUUAUUGAUUAGUCCAAAUCACAGGCUGAUGGCCUGAUCUGCAGGAGGGGCGGGGGAAACUCUUUACCAAAAUUUUUUAGUGGGACUAUUACUCAAGAUUUUAAACUCCUCAAAGCUGAGAAACUUAAUGCUAUGGCUGAAACUCCUCCCAGCUGUCUGAUAUGAUGCCCCUUUGUGGGAGCUGUAGGCCCGUAGGGCUCAUGGGUUGAAAAUGGACAGCUGUUACAUUGAGUUUUGGGGCUUUUGAUGGUCAUGCUACUCCUAGUUUCACUCAGACCUUCCAUUAGUAGCCUUGCUUUCCGUAGACGAGCAUGCACCAAGUUCAGGGAGUCCAAGUGGGAAGAGCACCGUGGGCAGUGGCAGCAGCACACGCGUCCACAGCAAAACUAGUGAUGAUCUGACAUUUGCAUUUGCCCUACACAGAAAGUUAGGGGUUUCUGAAUCAAGCUUAAUGUUUACAGUUUCCGAAUAGCCAUCUUGCAGUGUAUAAUUUCCUUAUAAAAGUAUCCCGCAUUCAGUUUUCUCAUCUGCAAACUCAAACUUAUUUUUAAGGUUUAUGUACAAGUCAACUGCUGUAAAGAUAUAUUUUGGGGUCAGUUUUCUUUCCUUCAUUAACUUGGUGGUAGAAAAAUAUAUAUACUUAGCAAUCCUUAAAUUAAAGCCAUGUUUUAUAUAUAAGUCAGGUAACAUUGGUGUAUAGAUGAGAAUGCAAUUAAACCUGAUGAGAAUCUACUUGCGGAGAAUAUAGAAAGUUUCUCUAAAGGAGAUACUUACUCCCUGGUUUAUUGCAUUAAAACUUAUGUUUGAGGUUACCUCAACUUGUUUUAAAGAUUUUGUUUUGUGAAUUUGUACUGUAUAUUUGAGUAACUGUCAAGCUUUUGUUUUAUUUAAAAUUGUUUAACAUGUACCAUGUACAUGUCAUUACUAUAUUUCAAUGCAUCAUGCUUGUAACAGGCAUUUCAUUUAUAAUAAGAAUGAGUUAUUCAUUUGUAAGCCGUUCAGUAAUUUAUCUACUAUUCCUAAAUUGGCAUAAUGUUAGAUAGCUGUUUUGAAUCACCUUUAAUUACAUGUCAGAAUGCCUUAACUACCCUAACUUGACAAAAUAAUUCUUUGGUAGAGGAGAUGGCGGGGUGGAGGGAGACUGUUUAAAUAACAAGAGCCCAUUGUGCUGUGAUAAAACAGGGAAGCCAGAGUGGCAAGUGGCGGGGUAUUUAUUUUGCACAAACUAUUUGCAGUCUCUGUAUUUAAAAAGUGAAGAAAGUUGCAUCCAGAAGGGUUUUGUUGGAAGGAGUACAUUUAUACUUGGGAUGACGACAUUAGUUCUUUUAUUGGGUUUUUAAUUAUUUCUGGUCAGAGGUAUGUAGCCUAUGAUCUGGAUAUAUUUUGCAUUAAUUUUGCAAUGCCUACAUUUGAUUCCUGGUAGAGCUGGUUAAGUCACUGGCUUUUCUCUGCUCUCAUUUAACCCAUUGGACACAAUCUUUGUAAAGCUAGAUUGGUGGUGUUUUAACACAACUCAUUUAAUCAGCUUACCUUUUUGAGAAAUGAUUGUAAGAAAUCGACAGUAUGUUUGUUCCAGUGACGUUGAAAUUAGCGGGACAAGAAUUGAGUUUCACAGUGGAACUGACUUUGGACCUGGCCUGUAGAUUUGUACACAAAACAGUUUCUCUUUUCCCUGUCCUUUUUGUGUUAUGCACUUAUUUUAUGACUGCCAGUGGUCAGUGGAGUGCUGCUUAUCGAGUAACUCUCCUUCCACUCUCAGUGGUCAGAGGCUGUGUGGAACCCAGGCUGGAAUUUUCCAGAUCACAGGACCCAAGUCUCUGAAGGGUGUGACUGAGAUAUGCCACUUGGUGUGUCUGAUUCUGAACUUCAUGUGUGUGUUAAUUGUAUUUUAAAUCAAGCAGUAUAAAACAACAACACAUGCACAUUUGCCUCAUGUAAUGGACUUUUAUAACAAAAGAGAAUUUGGAUUUCUAAUUUACAAAUGGCAAAUUAUUUAUCCCUCUCUGGAUGCACCAAAGACCAGUAAAGUUUAUAGCUUUUCCAUCUAUAUUUAUAAAGCAAUACUGUAUUAUAAAAAAAAAAAAUAUUUUUAUCACAUGCUUGAAAUUUUUAUUUUGUUCUGUUUUAAAAUGUGCACUCUAAACAUAUCAGAACCUUAUUUCUUCCUGUGAACUUAAGCUGCCUGCGCACAAAAAUAAAUUACCCAACAGAUAUGCAGUAGAGUCUAUAGGCUCUUAAAAACAGAAAGAAGAAAUGAGGGGGGCGGGGACAAGUUAUUUGUCCUGAAUUACUGUACUGGCUUGACAUGGUUGAUGGGUACUACAUCACAAAAGAAUCCAUUCCAGGUGUGCAGUUCUGGGGGUUGGGCUGUGUCUCUAGAUUAGCAACUAGAUUUCAAGCUUUGUGUGAUGGGAGUGUCUCUCCUAUCAGCUACAUUUGUUCUGGAUAGAGAGCAGUAGCCUUCAGUACCACCUUCAGUACCACCAACCUACCACAUCAAGUAUCAAGGCAGGAAUUGUGGGAAUUUACUGAGUCAGUGUUGAGCAUUUUGGAGAUUGUAAACAAGAUUGGCUAGAACGGUAAAUAUUUGUACUUUGGAAUAAGUUCUUGGUUCCUUGUCACCUUAAACCAGCUAUCUUUGGUAGAAGCUACAGCAUCCAGUUUACCUGGAAACGAUCACAUUUUAGCAUUUAACAAAUUUUACGAGAUCAAAAAAAAGAAAACCAAAACUUGCUUAUAAAACUGAAAAUAUGAAGCAAAAAACAUUUGGGUUUUAUUCAUAAAAAAUUAAAUUCUUUGUAAAAUUGAACUUCUCAACUAAGAAUUGACAGUGUCCACGUCAAAAUUUUAACUGUUAGCAGGUAGUUUGUGGCAAAGAUGGCUAAAUAAUGAAGCAGAUUUGAAUUUGUGUAUACUAAUGAGCUGCUUAUUUUCUGUUUUGAGACUAUCAUUAUUUGUCUUACCCAAGAGGCAAUGACCUGAAUUGGAUGUCUGAAAUAUAACUUAUGCAGGAAUAGUUCUGUAAAUACAUUUAAAUAAACUGUAAAGAUAUUUAAUAAAUAUAGUAUUUAUACUAAU